UACUUCCGGUCUGCAACCACCACGAUACGAACGCGAAGUCGACAGAUAGCAUAAAUCCGUGGAUUUCAUGGAGAGAUUUGUCCAUGUUUUGACACCCAAGGAUAUAUGACACUGCACUGUCAUGUCGGCCUAUCAAGGCUAUCCCCAAGGUCAGGGGCCAGGAGGUUAUGAUGAAGGAAGGGCACGGGCACCUGGAAACCCUCCUGAUGGACGGUACAGCAAGAUUGAGACAGAUCCCCUUGUGACAAGCAUGGCACAAUCAGUGCCAAUGUCCCGAGUCAUGCCUGGCACUGUUGAGACUUUUAAACGGCCGGGACAGUACUCAGAAGAAGAUUUUACUGGAGUUCCCGAUGCCAAGAGGUCAUGUUGUAAAACAGGAGGUUUACCUGUCAAGGGUCAAGGUCAGGCUGCAGACUGGAGGUGUGGCAUGAUUGAUGCGGCUGAUAGGCCAAGGACAUUUUUUGUCUUCAACCUGAUGCUGAAGACGACAGCAUAUGACCUGUUCAAGUACUUCGUCAAGUUUGGGGACCUGAAGAAGUUUCAUGUAUUCAAUAACGAUGAAGGAAAGUCCACAGGAACCGGCAUUGUGCAGUAUGUCCGAAAAGAGGCUGCUAUCGCUGCUCUCGCUGCCCAACCACACUUCAUCCACAAAAAGAAGAUUAUUAUCUCGCAUGAUCGGGAUCCCAAAAAGAUUUCGACUGUUAUAAAGUCCUUAGAGAAGCACAAGUUGUAUGUGCCUAACAUACCUCUUCAUGUGUCUGAGGAGGACCUGUGCGAAUACUUCUCCCAGUGGGGAAACAUUUUGAGUUGUUAUGUAACCGAACAUGCUAAGAGGACCAGUACUAAGUAUGGCUUCAUUUCCUACACCAAUUAUGAAGAUGCUGUCAAAUGUCUGAACGCGACCCACAAUUAUGGACAAAGCGUGAUUAACGUAUUUGUGGCAUCUAACUGCAAGGCUCUAAGGGAUGCUGCAAAAGAUUCAAGAAAUAAUGCAGAGACGAACAAGCUGUUUGUGAAUUAUAUACCUCAUGAAGCCACUGCCGAUGAACUGAAGCAGCACUUCUCCAUGUGGGGGAAAAUCACCUUUUGCAGCUUUGAAGGAAAAGAUAAGAACAACAGUCGCUACGGCUUUGUUUGCUACCAAGAACUAGAAGAUGCUCUGAAAGCAAUGAUAAUGCCACACACACUGAAACACAAGAAGAUUUUUGUAAGUGUGGCAGAGAAGACGAACACACAAUUGCUGGAAGCUUCCAAAGAUCCAAAGAUAAUGUCAGCUGUUGGACAGAAAGUACAGAAUUGUUAUCUUUCUGUGUCCAAUGUGAAUGUCAAUACAACAAAGGAGGAGCUAUACGAGUACUUCAAGAAGUAUGGAAGCCUGGCUAGCUGUGCGGUCAAACCGGCUGGCUUAGAUGAGCAGAUUGCCCUUUUAGCCUACGUGAAAGAAGUUGAUGCUGCAUGUUGCUUUCGUGACGAUCACUUUCUGAAUCAGAGGAAACUGUGUCUGCGUUGGACUGACUUGACUGGCUGGGUUCCCCACAAGGCUGAGCCUCCCAGUAGGAAGCUGAGAAUAUCAGGGUUGGCAGCACACACACACAGUUACACGCUGAUGUGCUACUUCUCCAGAUUGGGAAGAGUCGAGGAGUUUGAGCUGGUGAAGGAUGCGACAUUGAGACCAACUGGCUGUGCAUUUGUGAUAUUUGAAAAACUUGGUGAUGCAGAGAAAGCAGUAUCAAACAAGCCACAUGUUAUUGAUGAUAAGGAGAUCAAAGUCACCUACGCCAGGCAUCAUGAGAACCUGCCAUCUGAAACCUUUCCAUCUUGGAGGGAACAAAGACCCCAAGAAACUGUUCAACAACAAAGAUUGCCUGAAUCUAUCAAAUCACUGAAUCAAGGUUAUGAUCCACCAGAAGCUAGAGAGCCACGAAGGUUGCUUGAAGAUGCACAGCCACGAAGGUUGGUUGAAGAUGCACAACCACGAAGGUUGCUUGAAGAUGCACAACCACAAAGGUUACUUAAAGAUGCACAACCACAAAGGUUGCUUGAACAUACACAGCCACGAAGGUUCGUUAAAGAUGCACAACCACAAAGGUUACCUGAAGUAUAUCAGCCAAGAAGGCAAUCCACUCAAGAUCCUUUGAUGUCACGUUUGACACAAGUAGACAGCAUUCCAGACAUGCCAUUAGUAGCUGAAUACGAGUGCAAUGUCUCUGGGUGUUUAUUUAAAGGCAAAUCAGAGCAGUUUGACCAUCACUGGACAAAGAUUCAUGAAGCAAAGGUUCUUUAUCUCAUCUGUUCAUUCUGUAGCAUGGAAUGUGUAGAUGCAGAUGAUUUUCGUGAACACCUGGAUUUUUUUCAUGGGAUUGAGGACAGAAGUGAAAUGUCAACAUUCCUGCUUGGUGCUAGACAAGAGGAGAGAGACAACAUUCACUUUGUCAUGCCUGGCAGUGUGACCAGGGAAACCUGCAUGAAAGUGACCAAGCCUCCACAAAAGAAAGAUGCUGAAGAUCAUUUAUCAGGAUUCCAUUACCUGAGAUGCCCCAAAUGCCCCAAAUCGUUCAUGAAGAAAGACUUUCUUCUGCUUCAUAUCAAGAAUAAGCAUCAAAACACAGAGAUGAGGACUGAAGAAGAACCAGAAGCUGUUGAGGAUAACUCUGAAGGGUCUGAAAACUUACAUUUUGGAAGUAGUCCGCUUGAAAGGGCUUAUGAUGAAUUUCAAAGACAAAUAUUACCAAGAUCCGAGACAGACAUACCAACAAUUUCAGAUAUUGGUUCAAGAAGUGCUGGAAACAGGCCUAUGCAGACAAUGCCUACAUCUUCAUUAAGUGCACCAUUGCUGUCUAGCCAGAAUGUGCAGAGGCCUCAGUUGCCAAUAUUGCCAUCACAGCAGCCUACUCCAAGGUCUGAUCCACAACUUCUAGCAUCCCAGGUGCCCACUCAACAAGCAGUGCCUUUUCAUGGGCAAGUAACACCCUUCUACCCCUCUACAGCAUCUGUUCCCAAACCUGUGCCACCUCCACCUCGCCCUCCACCUGUCCCUCUCCCUCCCCAUCAGCUUUAUGUUGGAAGUCAGUCAUAUUCAUAUCCUCGGCCCCCUGUCUCUUUGUUUUCAAAUACAUCAACUCGGCAACCAGUGGUGGCUUCAAGGCCUGCAGUGAGUACUCAGUCAUUCAUAGUUCCUCCUGUAAGCUAUUCUCAAGUGCCUUUUCAGCCCCAAGUAAGAGCACAAUCACAGCAAGCUUCUGUUGUGGCUUCCCCACACACCCAAGUUGUUGCAUCAGUUGCUCCUUCAGUAGUCCCACCAACUUCUCCUCGAGCAGGUGCCCCAUUACAACUCCCACAGACUGGGCAAGUAAUCACCCAGUCUGUAAGUGUUCAGCCACCAGAGUUUGUAAUGGAACAACCACCUGUUGCUUCUCAGUCAGUAGUAAUGUCAAGUGAAGAUCCUAGUAGCAUCCCUGAACGUGAUGCUCAGGAUUUAAAAGAUUUUGACAUGGGCAAUAUGACAACUCAGGAAACGUCCCCUGAAUCCGAAAGUGAACCAGAGAUGGUAACUGAAAAGAAAGCAAAUGAUGAAUUGAGAAGAUCAGUCCAGUCUGGGUCAGUUCUUGCUCUGAGUCCAGAAUGGACAAAGACAUUGAAAAUUGCACAUCCCAAAAAAGUCAUCUCUUGAAG